AUUGCGUGGUCGCUAAAUUUCCCACGCUUACUCGUAUUUGAAUCAAAAUGUUCUAUCAUAUCUCACUGGAACACGAAAUCUUGCUUCAUCCGCGGUACUUUGGGCCGAACUUGCUGCAAACAGUGAAGCAGAAAUUGUUCACUGAGGUCGAAGGAACUUGUAGCGGAAAGUAUGGCUUUAUCAUAGCUGUCACCACAAUUGACAACAUUGGAGUUGGUCACAUCCAACCAGGACGUGGAUUCGUUGUGUAUCCUGUCAAAUAUAAGGCUAUUGUUUUCAGACCAUUUAAAGGCGAAGUUCUGGAUGCUGUAGUCAUGCAAGUAAACAAGGUUGGGUUGUUCACUGAGAUAGGACCUCUUUCAUGCUUUGUGUCACGCCAUUCAAUCCCAUCAGAUAUGGAUUUUGAUCCAAACUCUAACCCACCAUGUUAUAAAACAAGAGAUGAGGACAAUGUGAUUCAACAGGAUGAUGAAAUUCGUCUCAGAAUAGUAGGAACCAGGGUUGACGCUAAUGACAUUUUUGCUAUUGGUUCACUGAUGGAUGAUUAUCUUGGUCUUGUCAGUUGAUAAAGCUGAACAUUUCUCUCAGUUUUCCUUGCCUUUGGAGUUAUUGUUCAGUACAAGGGAGACAUCAAUCAAUCAAUCAAUCAAGAUUUUGAGUGAACCUUUCAGAUUUAUCUAACAAGAGGUCUUCAAAGUGUUUAUGGAUACCACACUGUACAUAAUUAUGUAUUAAUAACACAGGCAAAGGAAGAGUUUUCAUGGGUUCUCAUUGUGUUGCAUUUAUUGAACUUUUUAUACAGAAAUAAUGGUAGUGUAGCUUUUGUUUUUGUGGCAAAACUGAUAGUUUUUGAAAUUCAUAUGGUGAAUGGGCUUGUGCUACUAAAUACUUUGAUACUAGAAAUGUAGCUUGUAUAGAACACUAUGACAUUGCUAGGUAUCUUUUGAUACAUUAAACCUCUUUUAUUUGUUUUACAAA